AUCAAUACAUACAUAUAUAUUUUUUUACAACAUGAGCACUGUACAAAGUAACGGAGCUACAACUAAGCUUAACCAACAUGAAAUCAUUCCGCUUGCAAGUGAUGUUGGGGCAUUAGGAAACAGAAUCAAUAAAGAUACCCGUCAAUUACACAACAAGAUCGACAAGAUGAUGACCUUAAAGCUUGCAUUAGCUCUCAGAGAUCCAAAGAUAUAUCGUCAAGGUCUUCAAUCCUUCUAUCAUGUCUUUGCUACUAUUGAAAGAUGUCUUUAUAAACAAUUUGAAGCUGAUAAUGAAUGGUCAGAUAUUUUGAAGAAAAUUUGGAAGCCUGAAAUCGCUAGAAGUAAGAAGGCAGAACAGGAUCUUUUAUUCUACUACGAUGAUGAUAAAUCAAAGUUUGAACAUCCAAUCAUGAGUGAACAGAUCAAAUUCUCCAAGCAUAUUGAACAAGUUACUGAUGAAAAGCCUUACUUACUUUUGGCUUACAUGCAUGUGAUGUACUUGGCAUUAUUUGCUGGGGGUAGAAUCAUGAGAUCUUCCAUUUCGAAAGCCCUGGGUUUAUUCCCACAAAAGGAUGGUUUAAAACAUGAAGAAAUUGUGAAAAUGGGUGCCAAUUUCUUUACCUUUGACGUUGCUGAUGAAAACUUGUUAAGAAUCAUUUACAAGAGAGAUUAUGAAAUCUUGACUAGAUCUAAUUUGACUGAAGAUCAGAAAUUAGAAAUUAUUGCUGAAUCACAAUAUAUCUUUCAACAAAAUGGUAAUUGUGUAUCUGAACUUGAAAGACACAACAUGGUAAGAUUAUCCAAGAAAUGGUCUUACAUUGCUGUGACGAAGGGCUAUUAUGUACUCAUUUUCCUUUCCAUCUUGGCAGUGUUAUACUACACCAAGAGAAUUGUGACAGGGUUAUUCUUUUAAAAAGGAAAAUAAUACUAAGAUGUUGUAAAUAUAUGCGCACAGGUGCGAUCAAAUUGACAAUACA